UAUCACUGUAAUCCAAGUAUCCUCAUCCACCCGCCUGGCACGUCAGCCCGCAUAUUAUGAUGACCCAUCAACUUUUCUAUCCACAUAAUAUUAGCCCAGCCGCUCAGCACUGCAACUCCUCCGAAGCCCCGCUUGCCCACAACAAACUGGAGCCACUAUGGCCCACCCCUCCGUAGCCUGUUUUGGCUCAGGUUCGUUUCUCGAGUCGGCCUUUCAGGAUUGUCCACGCUCCUCUGCACACCCGCGCCCUCGCGCCCGGACAAGAUGAUGCCCACUCGGGCCUUGCCGUUGAUCGCAUGCGUGCUUGCCAGCGCCCGCGGAGCGACCUUCGACAGCGAGGGCUUCGACAGCUUCGACACCGAGACGAUGCAGCUCUCCAUGGGGAAGAGGCCCCGUCCGCAAGCGCGCCAGAUACUUCGGCACCUUGGGAGCACGCCGUCCCCGAACGGCACGAACGAGUCAUGCCUGAACGAGACCAUCCCGUGGCUCCAGAUCGGUUUCGCCAUGGACUGCACUGGCAGUACUGGCGCGUACCUUGAGGCGCUGAAGACGACGGUCUACAACCUGGCGGUCGAUUUCGAUGCAUCGGUAAACUUCCUGCAGAUGGCGUUCCUGUGCUACCGUGACGAGGGCGAUGUGAGCCCGCCCCGCUAUGAGUGGGCAGUGCACCCUACUCCAGGUGAGCACUGGUUCUCUGACCCCGACGCGCUGCAGCUCGCGAUCGCCCCAUUCAUUUCAUCGGGCGGCGGCGACUCUCCAGAGGACAACGCUGGCGCGAUGGGGGAAAUGAAGAACGAGAAGCCGUGGGACGUAAGCGCCUUGAAGAUCAUGAUGGUGAUCUCGAAGGACAGGGAUUCCUACAGGACACCGUACCAGACCGAUGCCCUUCAGUGCCAGCUCAUGCAGGACAUCAGGGCUGCCAACAUCACUCUGGUCCUCGGGCACCUCGACACCAGCACGACCAGCUCGAUGCUGUGGGACUCAACGUACAAACCGACCCUGCCUUGGCGAGGGUGCUACGCGGACCCCUCCGAUCCUCACCAGUUGAAGGAGAUCCAGUUCACGGGCGCCACCGCCAGUGAGUUCAGCGCCCUACUGAUCGAGGAGAUCUGCGACACUCUCUCUUCAGAUCCAGGCGUCGGGCACGACGUCGGCGGACAUGGCGAUCCGCACCUCGUCAACAUGCACGGCGAACGCUUCGACAUCAUGCGCCCUGGCAGGUACUCGCUCCUCCACAUCCCCCUCAAGGCGGACAAGAAAGACGUGCUCCUCUCGGCGCGCGCAGACGUGCUCCGCAUUGGGACAGCCUGUGGGGAUAUGUACUUCACGUCGAUCAACAUCACCGGACAGUGGGCACGCGGGCACAAGAACACCAGCUUCAUCGCGGGUGCCGCGCCGCCUCGCACGACAACGGGCUGGGUGCGGUACGGCCACCGUGUCUCGUUGAAGGUGGUGCACGGCGUGACAGGCAGCGGCACCCGGUAUUUGAACAUCUUCGCGAAAGAUGUGCACCGCGCAGGGCAUAAGGUAGGAGGCCUUCUAGGCGCGGACGAUCACACGAAGGCCUCGACCGAGGAAACCGGGUGUCAGAAGCUCAUGGCAUUGUAGCCGCUUUAAGCAGUAAAGUGAUUCUGGUGCCCGGUUUGAUGUCAAUAGCAAGCUCCGCUUGGGUAGGCUUGCUCUUCGGAAGCUUGGUGAGCACAGACAGUGAGGCCUUUUAUAGAGGUGGGCAUUUUAAAAACACCUGGGCCCACCGGCACUCAGAAACCCGUUGCUCAUGCAUCCAGCUUCUUGCAAAAAAU